AUGUAUGUUACUGGUAUCGAUCUUGUUGCAGGAGGUAAGAGCAAGAAGACCAAGCGCACUGCGCCCAAGUCCGAUGAUAUUUAUCUCAAGCUUCUCGUCAAGCUGUACCGCUUUCUUGUCCGGAGAACUGGAAGCAAGUUCAAUGCGGUCAUUCUCAAACGUCUCUUCAUGAGCAAAGUCAACAAGGCACCACUUUCUCUCUCAAGGUUGAUUCGUUAUAUGCAAGGAAAGGACAACAAGAUUGCUGUGGUUGUGGGGACUGUGACAGAUGAUAUUCGCGUUUAUGAAGUUCCUCAAUUGAAGGUUACAGCACUCAGGUUUACUGAGACUGCAAGGGCCAGGAUUGAGAAGGCAGGAGGAGAGUGCCUAACAUUAGAUCAGCUUGCUUUGAGGGCACCAUUGGGUCAGAAUGUGGUUCUCCUCAGAGGACCAAAGAAUGCACGUGAAGCAGUGAAACACUUUGGUCCAGCGCCUGGUGUGCCACACAGUCACACCAAACCUUAUGUCCGAUCAAAGGGAAGGAAGUUUGAGAAGGCUAGAGGAAAGAGAAACAGCAAGGGAUUUAGGGUUUGA